AUGUCAAUGUACACCAACGACCAAAGGAUGCUCAUUCAUUGUUUUCAAGACAGCCUUACCGGUGCAGCUUUACGCUGGUAUAUGGGAUUAGACAGUUCUCAGAUCAAGACUUUCAACGAUUUAGGGGAGGCCUUUAUCAAACAUUACAAAUACAACCUUGAUAAUGUGCCAGACCGAGAUCAGUUGAGGUCCAUGCAACAAAGAGAAAAUGAGACAUUCCGUGAAUACGCGCAAAGGUGGCGCGAAAUUGCAGCACAGGUUGUUCCACCUAUGGAAGAAAAGGAGAUGACGAAAGUGUUCUUAAAGACUCUUGAUACUUUUUAUUACGAGAGGAUGAUUGCAAGCGCUCCUACAGACUUUACUGACAUGGUAAACAUGGGAGUCCGUUUAGAGGAAGCAGUUCGAGAAGGGCGUCUAGUUAGAGAAGGAAGUUCAUCUUCAAGCGGGGCAAAGAGGUACGGCGGUUUUAUGAAAAAGAAGGAACAAGAAACUAAUGUUGUGUCCUAUAAUCAUCCAAGAAGGAUCAAUUAUCCUUACCAUUCCCAACACCAACAUAUAACAGCCGUGACUCCAGUAAUCACUUCCGCUCCAGUUCAAGUCCAAUACCCUCAGCAGCGUACCAACCGCUUCCAACAGAAUACUCAGUAUCAGCAACAACAUCAACCUCAACAACAUCAACAUCAGUUACAACAACGUACACCACAGCAACAAAGAAGAACCAAUUUUGAUCCAAUUCCGAUGUCAUAUGCAGAAUUGUAUCCAGCUUUGAUCACUAAAAACCUUGUGCAACCACGACCACGACCUCCUGUACCAGAAGUGCUACCUUGGUGGUACAAGCCAGAGAUAGAGGAGAUUCGGCAGUCUUUGGUUGAAAUUCAUUCUGUUUUAUGUGUUCAUGGUCUAUUCCAACAUGACCACCAGAUCUGUGGUACAUGUUCAGUCAAUUCAAGAGGUUGUAGAAAGAUUCAAGAUGAUUUGCAAGGCGUCCUUGAUCAGGGUUUGAUUCAGAUUUCUGGACAAGUGAGUUCUCCAGAAUCACAAGAACAAGAGGUGAAUGUCAUCAUUCCUUGCUUCAACAUUCCAGAGAAAGUAGAGAUAGCUUAUCAUCCGAGGGAGCCAGUGGUGAUUUGCCCUCCGGGACCAAUGCCUUACACUUCAGAUAAAGCGGUCCCCUACCGCUAUGCAGCAACUAUUAUUGAGAACGGUAAAGAGGUCGAGAUUAAAACCUUAGCCUCAGUUACCAAUAUCGCAGCAAAUAGCCGAAUGACGCACAGUGGCCGCGUGUUCGCUCCGCCGGUUAUCCCAAGUAGAAAUGUUGAGAAAGAUCCAGUAGUCGUGGUACCAGUGACAAGAGAAGCAGAAGGGCAAACAAGCAAUUCAACCCUUGAUAAAGAAACAGAUGAACUACUCAGAAUUAUCAAGCUCAGUGACUACAAAGUGGUAGAUCAGUUGCUACAGACACCGUCAAAAAUCUCGAUCCUGUCCUUAUUAUUGAACUCAGCUGUCCACAGAGAAGCACUACUGAAGGUGCUUGAUCAAGCCUUUGUAGAACAGGAUAUAACAGCAGAGCAGUUCAACAAUGUUGUAGGCAGCAUCACUUCGUGCAAUGGCUUAGGCUUUUGUGAUGAAGAACUGCCAGAAGAAGGAAAGAAUCACAACUUCGCUCUCCAUAUCUCAGCCAAUUGUCAAGGGGAUUCUUUGUCUAAUAUCCUAAUUGACACCGGUUCAUCUCUGAAUGUCAUGCCCAAGUCUACCUUGUUGAAGCUAAAGUAUAAAGGGGGGCAAAUGCGGCACAGUGGAAUUAUUGUGAAAGCGUUCGAUGGAUCAAGAAAAACAGUCAUUGGAGAAGUUGAUUUGCCUAUUGGUAUUGGACCACACGUAUUCCAGAUCACUUUCCAGGUUAUGGACAUAGUGCCAGCUUAUAGCUGUCUGCUCGGACGCCCAUGGAUUCAUGAGGCGGGUGCCAUUACAUCCACGUUACACCAAAAGUUAAAGUUUGUCAAGAAUGGGCAAAUAGUGACGGUUAAUGGGGAGCAGGCUAUGCUGAUUAGCCACCUUUCAUCGUUUAGUGUGAUAGAAGUAGACGAGACGACUGUUCAAACUCCAUUUCAGGCCCUGACCAUCGAUGAUUACAAGAAAAGUGAAGGUUCAAUCGCGUCAUUCAAAGACGCCCAGCAGAUUGUCAAGACAGGUCCUACAGAAAUGUGGGGCAAGGUGAUAGAGUUGCCAGAAAACGUUAACCAUGCAGGAUUAGGCUUUGUUGAUGGAAAACAAGUGCAGACUUCAGUGGUGCGACCUUUCAAAGAUAUCUUUCACAGCGGUGGGUUUAUCAACAUGGUAGCAGUUGAAGAGGAUACUUUUGAGAAAAAGACAGAAGACGAAGGCCCCAGAUUUGUGACACCAGGAUGGAAUUUGCUGCAAAAACAGGUUCCUAAUUCUAAUGACCAAGACCAAAAUCAAUGGACUGGUUAA